UUUCAGGCAUCCGUAUUACUAGCGCAAUCUCGCAAAAAAAUUGCCGAAGCAGUGUCUCUAGGAAAAAAUUUACACACAUACUGAUCUGAUGUUGAAAUAACGGAUGUGAUGCCAGACGAUAUUCCAAAGAUUCCUCGCUAUCGAGGAAAGAGGAACAAGCCAAAAGAUAGUGUCUGGCGACAACAACGGAUACCUGCAUAUCGUCCUGUCAUCAAUACACGGAACACUUUGCCUUGUACUAUCGUCGUUGGUUUUAUAUUCAUUGGCGUUGGGGUUCUGCUCAUGGUUGCUGCCAGUUCUUCCUUGGAAUUGGUAAUCAAAUACACUAACUGCACGUCGAUGGAUGGAAACGCAACGGAAAAGAUUGUUAGGAUUGCCUACCCCAACGUCACUGCUCAGUGUCGCCUAUCGUUUGAUAUCAUGGAGGACUACAGCGGUGAAGUUAAAUUCUACUAUGGACUGACGCAAUUUUACCAAAACCAUAGGCUUUAUAUGAACUCUCGAAAUGAUCUACAACUAGCUGGGCAUAUAAGAGAAGUCACUGACUGCAAACCUCUAGAUUCUAUUCCGGGUACAAAUUUGACAUAUGCACCUUGUGGAUUCGUAGCAAACUCGAUGUUCAACGAUACCUUUCAAUUACUCUUCCAUGGUCUGAAUGCUGCCGAAGUCGAGGUGCCGUUCACAACAAGGGGAAUGGUGAAGGAUUUGGUUAGGAAAAGAAAAUUCAGAAAUCCAGUACCAAAUGGGAACGAGACCUUAUGUGACGCGUUUGCGGAUACCGUGAGACCACCGUGGUGGCAAAAGGACAUCUGUGAGCUGGGUGCAAAUUCUCCAGGUGCAGGUGUUGGGUUUGAGAACAUCGACUUCAUUAUGUGGAUGCAGACGGCUGCAUUGCCUAAUUUCCGUAAACUUUAUAGGAUACUAGAUAGAGAAGUAGAUGGUUUCAGCGAUGGUCUUCCCAUAGGCAGAUAUACACUGGUUAUCAAUUACAAUUACCCAGCCACGUGGCGAGGAGCGGAAAAAUCCUUUGUAAUCUCUCGCGAAAGUUGGAUUGGACCACGAAGGGAUUUUCUUGCCAUUUCUUACAUGGCAGUCGGGACUGGUGCUGUAUUCUGUUCUUCAAUGGUGCUUGGCUGGAUAGCAGGUCACUUUGCAUACAGUCUGUGGCUUGGAUCAUCUUUCAACUGCGUGGUUCUGGCUCUCAACAGAUACGUCGAAAUGAUGCCAAUGGCAAAUAAUUUUCAAUUUCUUUUCCAUGGCAGAACCGUGUACAUGUGGAUUGUGCUUUCACUAGCUUACACGCUUGUGGCAUGGUUCGUGUUUAGGCCUGCACCGUUUAAUUCAACUGUUUCUGCUUUUAUAGGGUUACCCAUGAUAAAGGAUUAUGAUUGGGAGCAGAUUCACUUUACAUCCGUUUAUAUAGUCAUUCACAAUUGCACAGUAGUCGUGACGCUAGUGACGCUGUAUUCUAUUGUCUGCUGUCAUAUGUGGCAUGCGCGUGGUACGGCUGGAUACGUCACACAUUAUAAGGUGAAUACUGGUAAACUAUGA